AUGGCUUUACGCUUCUGCGGUGUCAUCUCGUAUGCCAUACCUGGAGUGCUGGCACUUCUUGGCUGCUGGUGGCUAUAUUCCCAUAGAAAAAAGCAUGCAAGUUAUCAUGACAAACAGGCAAUAGCCAGUGAAGAAGAGCAGCAGGAAGAAGUGCCAGGGAAUCAUUUAUCACCCGAAAAAGAAGCACAUGUUCCUCAAAGACUGCCUCUCUCAUCAGAAGAGGAAUGCCUAGAGAAUGAAACCUUGACCUUCCUGCUGUCAGCAGGGUCGACGACGCCCUCUCUUCUGUGUCAGACUCAUGAGAGGCUAGAUCUCUCACAGGACCUUCCAGACCUGUCAGUAACGACAAUUCAGCCCAGCACCCUUGAGGACGACAGUGAAAAACUAGAAAUAAUAGAAUCUCAAGAUGAAAGCGGUGUCCCUGCUUAUGUUUCUCCCCCUCUGAUCUCAAAGAGCACAAACUGUCAUGGCAGUGCUGCAGUGAGCCUUAUACAGGAUUCAAGCUCCAGUGCAACCCAAGAUCAGCGGCGAUCAGCAUCAGUGACAUUGACACAAGAGUCUUUGGGAAUCACGGAGGAGAUCUGCAAUGCAGAGCAGUCAGAUGAUUCUUCAUUUAAGCCCACUAAGGAAGGCCAGGUGCCAGAAACUGUGCUAUCAGAUACUGGCUGUGUGACAGCCCUUUGCUUGGGAUUGGAGAAGGAACCCAAUACCCCACAAGCCUUUCUCAAUAAUGAAGCUGAAGUUAUAUCAAGUCACAAGGAUUCUGCAGUGAGCAUGUUACCAGAUAGUGUGGAGUCUGCCUGUUUGCAACAGUCCAGGGAAGAAGAGAUAUCUGAGUCAAUUGCCAGUACUGUACCUGUGUGUCAAGAGGAGGACACACAGCCAAAACAAGACAAAUUGGAAAGAGAGAAGACUGGAGGAGUGAGUUUGGCCAAGGAAGAAGUUGAGAAAAUUGAGCAAGUAGCAAUACAGAUCAUUUCCAAGGCCAUUUUGGCAGCAACUGAGGAAGUGCUGUCUGGUGCUACAAGUGAUGUGUCCACUUGGAUCUGCGAGGCAGCUGCCAGCCGAGUUGAGAGACCGCUGGAGAUGGCGAGUGUUGUUUCUUCUGAUCAGAUGCUUGCGGAGAAAUCUACAGUAGCCAGUGAGAACAUUGCUGCAAAGGGUGAUGCUGUGGUACUGACAUCCCCACAAACAGAGGAACGGGAUCAGUGUGUGACAGAUUCCAGCUGUUUAACACAUGGCUGUUUAUCCAGCCCUGUUCAGGGAGAUAUGAAAGACUGUUGGGUAAAGAACCCUGUGUGCAGUGAGUCCCAAGGAGUUGAUCAGACUCCUGUGGAAAACCAUGGAGACUCACUGGAAAAGUCGCCUUUGGUUACGGAGGACUCUGGGUGCGGCACAUGUGCAUCUGAAGGUGGGACAAGUGUGGAGGACCCAUUGCAGAACACAAUGCUGUCUGUCGCAUCAGGCCAGCAUUCGGACUCACUGAGCAUAUCUGCAACCCAAGACAUGUCUGCUGAGCAGAGCUCAGUACCAAGUGAAAAACUUCCUAUUCGGAAGCUACCUGAAGACAGCAAAGUGCCAUACAGUAAUGGGAUACUGAAAGAGGAUGAUCCAGACUUGCAUAGUGAGUGUAGCAGAGCAGCAGGGGUGGAUGGAGAUCACUCGGGAGGUUCAGAUGUAAAUACUGUGGAUUUUGUGGACAGUGGCUGUGCCAUGAGGAAGACAGUGACUCGCCAGAACUCUAAGCUAGGAGGAGAAUCCAGCAAGUCCGACUACGUUAUCUGGGAAAUAGAGGUCCCAAAGGAAUUAGUUGGCCGCUUGAUUGGCAAACAGGGAAGAUAUAUGAGCUUCUUGAGGCAAGCGUCUGGUGCCAAAAUUUAUGUCUCAACACUACCUUAUUUCCGUGACUCCCAAGUCUGUCACAUUGAAGGCUCCCCACAACAAGUAGAAAAAGUACUGAGCCUGAUUGGCAAGAAGUUCAAAGAGCUGUGUCUCACCAACAUCUACGCUCUACCUCCACCAACACCAUUGACACUUCAUUCCCUCUUUAUGACUGCUUGG